GAGUCUUAGAACGAUGAGUGAUGCUUGAAUCUUGAAAAUACGAAUAAACCAAGAAUUUAGGCUUUAUUCAUUUUACAAUGGAGCCAGAAUGGCUUAAACAUAUAAAGGGAAAAAAGUGUUAGUAGCGGUAGAGAUAUGAAUAUGAUUAGAUACGUAUUAUAAGAAAAGUUCACAACAUGUGUAGCUAGUUUUUAUGUCAUCUGUUUGAUCAAAGUUAUCAGAUAUUUCGUAAUUAAUAUAAAGUACUUGGGAAACAUGAGGUCGGGGUACAUUUUAUUUAGAAAAUUUAGUGUUAAGGUCAGAUAAUUAUCGAAAAAAUUAUGAUAAACAGUUACCAAAAUUUCUGCUAAAAGAAUUCUAACUACCAUCCGUCGAAGUUAUGUACGUGCAGGAUAAAUUAUUGUGGUAUAAAAGUAUUUGUAGUUUUAUAUAGUUUUUAAAAGCUGGUAGCGCAUCGAACAGCCGAUAUUACUUUAGAAUUAGGACAAGCUGGUGUUAUUUCUGCUAGAAAUGUCUGUCAAACCUAAAGAUAUCCUACCGAAAUCCAGUUUGUUUCUAGAUGUUAAUUACGUAAGAUGUCCAAUGAAAACUGCUGCUGCUGCCAGGGUUCCCUUCUACAUAUAAUCAGUCGAGGUAUUUCCAUGGCUUUAUCAAUUCCUCCUCAAGCGGCCAUUAUCCUAUAUCUAUGGGUUGACUUUACAAUAUUUUAUGGUUAUAAUUACACACUGGAGUUACACAUCGAUAAAACUCAUAAAACACCUAAUAACAUUUACUCAAGUGAUUGACUAGACUGUUAAGUUCCCAACUUAGAUUUUCGCGCAAAAGUGCGGCAGUACGAGCUACCGCAAAUUAAAAAAGCUAUAACAUAAUAUAUAAUAGCGUGUUGAAGAAAGAAGUAUAUAGAGAGACAUAAAGACCAAAUGGGUCUGGCAGAUUACAAAGAUUAAAAGUCUCUGAGUCAUUCACAACGAUUUUAAGUCAUAUCACCAAUAGUUUCACAUCAUUGAAUCUUAGCAUAUCGAGGAUAAGAACUAAGCGGUUAAUAACCCUUCUUUUUGGGUGGCUCAAACCGGUAGUUAAAGACCUAGUGGGUUUGAUUUAACUCCCCAAACUCUUUCUAGACUUAUUUUUAUGUCACCUAACAUUACUAGGCUAGGUAGGUGAUGGCUUGAAAUGCCUAAUGUGUCCUGGUCAUAUCGACUCAUACAUUUUCAUAGCCUAGUCUACCGACUUUUCUUCCUUAUUUAACACUACUAAAUUCAGUAUUGUUAACCAUGUUAUUAACACUUAAGACGGGAGAUAGAACUCACACACCUAUGGUCGACAACACUUAACCAGCCUCUUCUCUUCAUAUCCUUGUAUCCAUUUUCAAUGGCCGUGUCUCACAGGCACAAACAAGGAGAGAACGAAAUUCUAGUCAGUACACACGUGCUUUCUUCGAUAGCCGGAUAUCACGGAUAUCUAGGCGAGAGAGGAUGUAGGUUGGCGAAGGCCAGAGGAGCCUUUUCUAUGAGUGGUGAGAUUUCGUCAGAAAUCAGUCCAUCAGGUAGUUGAGUUCGUUUUAAUUAAACGUCAAUGUUUUUUUUAUUAUACAGGAAAUACUACUAUAGUUUUUCACUGGAUUUUGUGUCAGGUAAAAUAUUCAAACAUCAAACUGUAUUACUAGUAUCACCAACGGAUAUCUGCUAUGGUACUAUAAAUCCAUACCAAGGUUUAUUGUGUUCUUUUAAUAUACAUUAAAGCUAAAAAUGAUUUUAUUUUAUUGUUCAGUCGCAUGUCUCAUUAUUUUCAGUUUUUACAUUUCAGGAAGAACAUAUAUUUCAUAAACGAAGAUUUAUUUAUCUGUCACUGCUCUUGAUCCUCUUAUAUACACACUACUUGAAGAAAACACCGAACUUUAUUGAGAACGGGAUAACCUCGUUUGAAAAAAACAUUCAAAAGACUUUGCGAAACUCGAUGUCCUUAUAGUCGCAUAGUCUUUAUAUCAACUAGUCAGGGAAUUUUUAUAUACGAAUGUUUGACUUCGUAUACGUUGAAUGGUUUCAGUAAAACAAUGGGGUGCGAGAAGCAGUCUGAACUGGAACUCUUAGCAAAACUGGAGGAACAAAAUCGAGCCCUGUUUUCGGACGCUAAGAUUGUCCCCUCACUACAGACACAUCGACGUCGUGAAGGCUCCUUAUCAAGCAGCAUUUCUACUGGAUCAGGACAAGACGAUACACGAAGCUCUGGAACACCUUCAUUUCAAAACAACGGUCAUACAAACUAUUCAUCAUUGUCAUCAUCAUCUAAGUUGAAUAGUGCUUCUGGAGUUUCACUUCCUUUAAUGAUUGGAUGGACUGCAGGUGCACCAGUCAGUAGUUCUAUUCGAGAACAAUGGGACUAUGUAGUGAAUAAUUGGGAACAAUGUUCUAAGAAAAAAUCCUAUGUUUCUGAUCUCAUUAAAAAGGGUGUUCCAGAUGAGUUUCGUCCGUUGAUUUGGCAACUGUACACUGGCGCUUAUGAUUCAGCUGUUAAAAAACACUAUCAUAAUUAUUUGUUAGUUGAUUCACCUGUUGAGAAGGCUAUUCGUCGAGAUAUUGCACGAACAUUUCCUAAACAUGAUUUAUUUAAAGAUGAGAAUGGUUGUGGUCAAGAAAGUUUAUUCCGUGUAAUAAAAGCCUAUUCAAUACAUGAUCCAGAAGUGGGCUAUUGUCAGGGAUCAGCAUUUAUUGUCGGUUUGUUGUUGAUGCAGAUGCCUGAACUCAGUUCAUUCGCUGUACUCGUUCAAUUAAUGAAUGAUUAUCGUUUACGUGAAAUGUAUAAACCAUCAAUGAUGGAAUUGGGUGUUUGUAUGUAUCAGUUAGAACAGUUGAUUGCUGAUAACCUACCAGAUUUGUAUACACAUUUUCGUACACAAUCAUUUGCACCGAGUUUAUAUGCAUCCGCUUGGUUUUUAACUCUGUUUUCGACAAUUCUGCCUAUACCAUUUGCAACACGAGUUAUGGACUUUUAUAUCGUUGAGGGUCUUCAAUUCAUCUUUAAAUUGGCCUUAUCAAUUCUAAAAUUCUCUGCAGAUAAUUUACUUAGGUGUGAUAUGGAAUCUAUGGUAGCGUUUCUUCAACAUGAAGGACCAAUAGAAUGGGAUAAACAUUCCUCCGUCAUAUUUGAAAGUGCCUGUUCAUUUAAGCUGAAUACAAAAAAGAUGAAAAAAUUGGAGAAAGAAUAUAUGACAAUGCGUAGUCAAGAAAGAGAAGAGCAAAUUGAAUUGCGCCGUCUUCGUACUGAAAAUGGUUUAUUGUUACAGCGUUUGGCGCGUUUAGAAGAAGAAAGUGCUGUAAUGGCUGAUCAUCUUGUAAAGUGUCAGUUAAUACGUGCUCAAGAAGCUGAAGCUGCUAUAGCUCUACGUUGUGAAUUAGCUAUCCUAAGACGAGAAUAUUCUCUUCUGAAUCCACCAGUGAUUAUCCCAUCACAGAAUACAAAUGAGGUACUGAACAGUGAAGCUGAAGACGACAUAAAUUUGAUAUCGAAUCAUCGAAUGAUGCAAAAUGGUACACAGGAGACUACUGCUACUACCACAUCAAUAACAACAACAACAACAACAACGACAAUGGAGGGUUCAGCCGCGAAAACAGUUCCCACCACUGAUACUGCCGACACCACUGUCACUGAUGAUUCAUCAAAUAAUACAACUAACACAAAACUAACCAAUGGUAACAAUCCUCAGGACAACAGUGUGCAGCAACAAACAAUAACAAACGGUUAUCCUAUGAAUUCAGAAUCACCAAAUUAUUAUUCUAAAGUCAAUUUCACAAUAGAUAGUAAUCAUUCACCGAAUAGUUCAUAUGAUUUUUGUACACUUCCAAGAUCAAGAAAUCGUGAACAUAAUAAUAACAAUAAUAAAGCCAAUAAUAAUAAUGGAACAGGGAAGUAUAAUGGUGAAGCGAAAACCGAUCAACUCUUAUCAACAACAAUCAAUCAGUUGCAAACUGACUUGGUUAAUUCACGUUUCAAUGAAGCGGAUGCUAAAAAAGUUUCGCAUGAAUUACGAUGUAAACUGCAUGAAUUGGAAGAGUCGAAAACAGAUCAAUCACUUCGUGCAGCUGAACAAAUCGCUGUCUUGAAAGAUGAAUUAUUCGGAGCAAAACUUAGAGAAACAGAAUUAGUCAAUCAGAUUGAAGAGUUUAAAAGACGUUUUGAUGAUUUAGAUUCACUUUGGCAGAUGCAUCUUGGCAAGUGUAAAGGCGUCAACAAUGACACUAAACGUGCAUCUUUAUGGAUUGGUUCACUGAAUUCUCUGGAUGCAUCAGAAAUGAAUAAUAAAAUGAAAUUCUCCGAUCGAAUACUGGAGACACGAUUCAUCAAUCAAAUCAGUAGUUUAAAACAAAAGAUUACUGAUUUAACCGCACAACAAGAACUAUCCGAUCGUAGAGCUGAUCGGUUAGAUAAACGUGUCACAGAACUACUUGAAUCACGUACAGCAUUUCAAGCUAGAGAGCGUGAAUUAACUAUGGAGUUAAAACAAUUGGAGCAGAAAUGUGCAGACAUUGAAGCAAAACGUAAAGCUGAUGGUGUUAUGUGGAGAAGUCGUGAAAUGGAGUUGAAAGCUCAACUGGCCGAACGUAAACAAGGUUAUUUACAAUUAGAAUAUCAGUAUGAAAGUUUGUUAACUUCUCAACGUCUUCAAGUAGCUACUGGCAGCGGUAGUCAGUCUCUAGAUAAUCAUGAUUUAUGCAUGCGGCGAAAAUCUUCACUAGACUGUGAUAAACUUUUAGAAUACAAUUCGAAUACGACUAUAUUGGCUGGUAUUGGUGCUACUUCUAAUGUUGUCAAUACCGCCACUAAUGGUACGCCUAAUAAUAAUAGUAGUAGUAUCAAUGGUGUCAAUAGUUCAAAUAAUAAUAACAGUAACAAACGUUUCACACUGGGUAGCUAUUUAAAAUUUGCUCAAUCAUCACCUCAUUCAACAAGUCUGGCGAAUUCUACUGCAUCAACACCAAGAGUAUUGAAUGCAGACAACAGUAAUAAUGAUAAUGACUCAUCCCCAUCACCAUACACAGUUAGUUCAGAGGUGUAUUCAAUGUGGAAAGAUUUGCCUCCAUCUGUAAUGACUGAGUCUAUUGGUCCAUUAGAAGAUCUAUGCCUCAUACCGGAUGAUCCUAUGAUUACAAGUGUCUAUAUAAAUCCGUCAACAUCAUCAACGUCAUCAUUAUCGCCAACAAAGGAAGCGGGAGCGGCGAUAGCAGUAACAAACACAACAACAAUAACUCUUACAACCUCUCCGCCACCGUUAACAUCCUCCGCUUCUGUCACCUCCUCAUUGUCAUCGUCAAAUAGCCAAAAUUUCUAGUCGUUGUGUUUCCUCCCUUCCAUCCCCGUUUUUCAUCUUCUCACAGAUGAAUCAAAUUCAAAUCAUGAUAUAUAAUGAAAUAGUUGAUUAACUCGUCCCUCCUAGCUUAAUGUGUCUUUACAUAAGCCCACAUACACGCACUGCUGUUUCAGCUUCUGGUGUUGUGAUUACAUAUUUACGUAUAUGUUCGAGUGAUGAUGUGAAGCUUUGAUCGAGUUGCUCUCAUCAUUCAUGUCUUCUACCUCGCGUACGUAAACACAGUACUUGCAUACUAUAUAUGGUCAGAUAACUAUACAGACAGAUAGAUACAAGAUUUUUCCCUCCUGUUUUUUUUUGGUUUUAUUCCCUCCCCCUGAUUUCUUCCAUUAAAAAGAGGUACAUCUAUAUGUGUCAUUGUGUACAGAAUUUUGCUUGUUGCCCUAUUCUCUUCUCUCGGACAUUGUUUUUUGAGUGAUUUCUAUAUAUACUUAUGCUUAAGCAUAGUUGACUUUGGUCUUUCACAUAUAAUAAGUGUCAAUUUGUGGUGAGUAUGUUCUUCUUUGACUGACAUUAAUAUUCUUCUCUCUUUUAUUUAUUGUCUUCUUUGUAUGUAUGUAUUUACGCGUGUGCACGUGCAGUGAGUGAGUGCUGUAUAAAUCUAGACCGUUAUUGUUAUCGACAAUGAGAAUUGUGUCUUCUGUAUUGUAUGCAUCACACUCACUGUCAUCCACACUUACACACCAGCCUGUUUAAAUUCCUUUAUGGUGUAUGUGUGUUUAUGGGCUCUGCUAUAAUGACUGCUUAAUCUGCAUAUUCUAUUACUAUAUAAUACGGAGAUGGAUUGCUGUAUCUGUGUUUGUGUUUGUGUGUGUGUGUGUGUGUGGGAUUUCGUUUGGUGCUUUCUAUAAUGUGUAUGUGCAUUCAUAUCCCCUUACUGUUUAGAAUAUUUUCUAUGUAUAUUGACUGAUUAAUUAAUCAAUUAACCCCGGUUCUUGAAUGCACUACCACUGCUGAUCAAAAUGUAUAAUGUUCCAGUCAGCCAGUCAGUUAGUUAGUUUAGUUACUUAGGUAAUCUGCUUUCUGUGUUUACCUUUAUUAUGUUUCUUCCUGUGAUUGAAUACGUCUCUUAUCCUUUGUGUGUGAUAGAUGGAUCAAUGCAAUCGUUCUAACGUCAUUACCUAUCUUUGUUGUCUUUAUAAUUCACUGCACAACAACAAUAUUAUAGUGCAUUAACUGGUUGUUUUUCAUAAUUAUUUACUUAAUUGAAAUUGAUUGACUUCUUUGAAUAAUACUUUUCUGCCUUCUAUUGCAUUUAUGAAUUGUAUGUUUCAAUCCGUCUAUUCAGGUGUCUAUUUCUGUGUGUAUGUGUGUUCACGUUAUUCCCGUGUGUAGACAAAGAUGCAGAGAGACUGAGCUAUUACACACGUGAUUUACAUACAUAUAUUGUUUUUUUCUCUCGUCUCAUCUCUUUCCACCACCCCACCUUCUCACUGUGUUUGCCUCCGUGUUGAAUUUGUCUGCUGCUACUGCUGGCCCCACCCCACACCUGUCCCACCCAACGCCGGUUAAAAUACUGGACAACAUAUUUAUUUGAAAGACACUUUUUGUCACAACUCACUUUAAAAAAACAAAAAAACAAACUCUUAUGAUUUAUUAAUGGGCAAGAUAAAGGAAGAAAACAAAAUAACGCAGAAAAAAAGGAGAUAUUUAUUAUCCUCAAAAAAGGUAUAUCGACGUUCUUUUGUGUUUUCCUUAAUCUGUUGAUUAUUUUCGAUAUUUUACAUUCUAUAUCUUGGAAUCUUGGAUGAAGUAGAAGAGAAAUUACGAGAACUAUUGAUUGUGCUUUAUUUUUCUUCUUCUUGUUGUUGUUCAUUGGGAAGACUAAGAAGUCUAUGCAUUUGGGUUUAAGCGCGGAACACGUGAAGAGAGGUAUGCUGUAGUUGACUGACAGAUGUGUAAGACCUUGAAAGUCACUUCGUACACUUUGUUCGACCUGAAUAUUAUACGCCCAUUAAGAAAAUCCAUCAAGUGUUAUAACUACUGGCUUUUGUAUAGGUACACAUGUGUAUGCUGCUUCCUACCGAAAACAAUACGCAAGUAUUAUAUUGGUUACUUUUU